AUGGCACUCGCCCACGCCAGUGUGGUGACCCGUCGAGCCUACCGGAUCAUAGUGGAUGGAGCGCCCCAGGUGCUGCCCGUCGAGGGCGGCGAGCUCACCCUGCCGUCUGUCGUCGCAUACAAGCCAGAUGGCAGGAUCCUGGUGGGCCGAGCCGCUCAGAGGUACGCGCUGUCGCACCCCUCCUCCGUGCUUUCCUCCACCAAGCGCCUGAUGGGCAAGACCUGGGAGGCGGCAAACUCCGAGGCCGGCGCCGGCGCGACACUUCCCCACCCCGCCCUGACCGACGUGGACGGCUGGGCGGGUUUCCGGCUGCCCUCCGCGCCGCCCACCAUGCCGCCGGCUGUGGCAUCCGAGGUCCGCCUGUCCUCCUGCCCCGCGGUGGACGUCGCCGUGCCGGGGGUGGAGGCGCGCUUCCGCCUCACCACCCAGGCCUUCGACAGCAUGACCCGGCACCUGUACCGCCGUGCGCGCGAGACGCUGGACAAGGCCUGCUGGCAGGUGCUGCUGGUGGGAGGGGCCACACGCAUGCCGGGCCUGCGCCGCUUCGUGAAGAACAUGACCGGGCUGGAGGCGGAGGAGCAGGCUGUAGACCCAGACCUGGCCGUGGCCGCCGGCGCUGCCAUCUGUGCUGGCAUGAGGGACGGGAGCAUGGGGGAUCUCAUGGUGAUGGACGUAUGGCAGGCGGCCCUCAUGCGGGCUUUGGCCGCAAAGAACGUGCUGUAA